AGCAAACUGAGGACUCAAGCUAGCCGAGGAAGUGGCAAAGAAGGGAUGUCCUUUAGUUUUGUUGAAUCAGCUUCAUAUUCGCACGUUGUCUUGGUCAGGAGGUGUUUAGCAGGAGAGCACAUACAACAAGGAUUGCUACUGUUUGGACCAGUUUUGGUUUUCUGCACAUUAUGACUUUGAGCUUUGUUCUUAACACAGACCUGGAAGUGAAAGUAGUCUGUGUCACAACAAGCAGAAGGAUGUUGCUUAGGACUAGAGUCGACAUGUAACAGCCAGUUUAAUCUUCGAGCGCUCUAUAAAGGCGUAUAUCGGACCAGCCCUUGCAGACCCUGCCACAGUGCAGAUUUCCGUGAGACGAGCUGCCAAAUCUCAUCGCCACCCCUACAGAGCAACUGGCAGCAUCGCCCACUGCCUGCAAUGGCGUUGUAGCGGCUGUAGUGUGUCCAAACCUUUCUGUAGUGGCAAAUCCAUAUCGGACAAUUUACGAGCGUGGGAGAGAUAUGUUUUUAUCGGAAGGUUUUGCAACAACAGCAUCCAUUUUCCCAACGAGUUUAGCCUCUGGAUUACAGUUUGUUUGUAUCAAGCGUCAAACGAAGCCGGAGCCAUAAAUGUGUGAAUGGGCCUAAAUACGAUAAUAUCAAGUGGAUCUGAUUAGGCGGCACAGCGGUAGUUCAAAUUAGACUCCUCACUUCCAGAUUGUAAUGAGGCCACGGCGAUGCUGACACCCCCUCUGAAUCCAAAGACAUCAUCAUGCUGAAGACGGAGGCCUCGGGGGAGAGGACCUGCCUCCGGAGUGCCUCCCCCCACCGAAAUGCCUACCGAGCUGAGUUUCAGGCACUCAAGAAGUCCUUCGAUCAGCCUCGGGUAGAAAGAAACUCCAAGCCCAAAGACCAAGAACGGGUGAAACAGCCAAGGGGCCGGCAGUAUGGCGGCCAUGUCAGUCGCAUUAAGGACAUGUUCAUGCAAAUGGGCACAGAUGUACCAGCCAAGGCUAGUGAUGAUUUAUCACCUCAAAAGAUGGUCAAGCCCACCAACUUCAUCAACAAGGCCGAUGGAUCAGUCAUAAAACUCCAGCAUUCCUUAUCAGCUGACAAGGUUGGAGUUUCUGGAGCCAAGUUCUCCGAAACCAGGAAGCUGUUUGAGCAGCAGUCACGGGACCAGUCCCAAUCCCCAGUCUUUGCAUCGGGACGUGAUAAACGAGGUUCCCAUGAGCACCUGGAUGACUGGCGAGGUUCCAGGUCUAAUCGAGGCAGCACAGACUCCUUGGACUCACUUUGCUCCAGAACAGAGGCGUCCUCGCCAACUGUCAGUCAACUGAGUGCUGUUUUUGAAAAUGCUGACCAACACAACCAUGGUUCGCACCACAAAGGAGUCAGCAGACGGGCCCUCUACUCGCCAGACAAUUUCAACCGCCAUGGAGGUGAUGUCAGUGAAGAUGAUUCAAGACAAUCUCCAGUACAUGGAAGCUACCGGAGCAGGACAGGGGGAACGUUUCCUUCAUCCCUGUCCGCUGAUGACAUCCUCAGCCCCAGUCCUGCAACAGAGACUUCAGUGUUGAAACCAGAACCACAUGAGGAAAAAGUCCAGGACAAAGCAGACAAGUCUGAGACUACCAACGGAGGCAGACAGCGUCUUUCAGGGGUCACCACCAAUGGAAGCCAGGCCAAUGGUUCAUGCGAAGAAGAGGAGACACCUUUAGAAAAAAUAAAAUAUACUGAUGACUUCGGGGAGUCCAACACUUCAAAACCUACAGACAAUGCCGUGAUUACUGAAAAAGGUACUGAAGAUGCUUCCCCUGAGCCAUUGCCAACCCCAAAUACAGCUGCUGGGGAAAGCCAGGAGGAUGGGGAUGGUUCAAGAGAAGAAAAACCCUCUGAAUCUCCCAAGGACCAGGUGGAAGACCCCGAUGAGGAAUACGUUGGGAAUGAGCGGGUGAUUUUUAACGCAGACGGGGAUGCCUGUUACCAGGGCUGGGGGGAAAGCUGCACUGAUCCUGAGGAUGACCUCUACGGAGACGAUGAGGAUAUUGUCUACGACCCGGGAUGUGAUCUGACGGAGAUUCCCGGUCUACCACAUGAAAACAAAGACGACAUCCCUCAGAAGAGGAAGAUUGGUUUCAGCACUGCCCCCAUUAUAGUUUUCAACACCUACUCCAACGAGGAUUAUGACCGUCGUAACGAGGAGGUGGAUCCUGUGGCCUCCUCCGCAGAGUACGAGCUGGAGAAGAGGGUGGAGAAACUGGAGCUCUUCCCUGUGGAGCUGGAGAAAGAUGAAGACGGUCUGGGGAUCAGCAUCAUCGGGAUGGGUGUCGGCGCUGACGCAGGCCUGGAAAAACUGGGCAUCUUCGUCAAGACCGUCAUCGAGGGCGGAGCUGCUGAGACGGACAGCAGGAUCAAGGUGAACGACCAGAUCGUGGAGGUGGAUGGGACCAGCCUGGUGGGCGUCACCCAGAGCUUCGCUGCCUCCGUCCUCAGGAACACAUCCGGAGUGGUCAGGUUUGUGAUUGGCCGGGAGCGUCCGGGCCAGCAGAGCGAGGUGGCCACGCUCAUCCAGCAGACCCUGGAGCAGGAGAGGAGGCAGAGAGAGCUGCUGGAGCAGCAGUACGCUCAGUAUGACGCCGACGAUGACGAGCAGACAGGAGAGUACGCCACAGAUGAGGAGGAUGGGGACGGGACGGUGGCGGGCGAGGACAAGAACAUUGAGGUGUUUGACUUGCCAGAGUCCGAGGAAAUCUUGUCUCCCACAGAGUUAGACGCCACUAAACUCUACCAGAAGUUCAGAGAGCUCCAGAUCAAACACACAGUGACGGAGGCCGAGAUCCAGAAGCUUAAAAACAAGCUAACGUCAGUGGAGAGGGAGAAGCAGCGCUGGGAGAAGGAGAAGAGCCAGCUGAAGGCCAGCAUCGAGGAGAACAAGGAGAGGAUGCUGAAGCUGGAGAGCUACUGGAUCGAAGCGCAGACCCUCUGCCACACGGUCAACGAACACCUGAAGGAGGCGCAGGCACAGUACCAAACUCUGGAGAAGAAGUACAACAAGGCCAAGAAACUCAUCAAAGACUUCCAGCAGAAAGAGGUGGAGUUUAUCCAGAAGGAGGAUGGGGAGAGGAGGCGGCUGGAGGAGGCUGAGAAAUCUCACCUGGCAGAGAUCCAGGGACUGCAAGUCAGGAUUGUAACAUUAGAGUCGGAGCUAAUGCAGCUGAUGAAGCAGAACGGCAUCCAGGUGAACAACAACAACAGCAACAGUGCUGAGAGGCUCGGCGCUCAGCAGAGCAGCCCCAACAGAGCGGCAGCAGCCAGAGACCCCAGGGAGGGCUCUCCAUACUCACCCAGCAAGAAGAAGAGCCUGAGAGUCCGAGACAGCAUCAGCUCCACUGAAGGAGAGGUCUCAGAGGGGCAUGGCAGUCCCGCCCACAGUCGAUCUGGUUCGAUUCGUAGUGUGGCUUCUUAUGAUGGAGGGGUCCUCAGAGACCCUGGCAGCGCAGAGAGCUCCCCCAGACGAACACUGCACCAUCCGUCCACUGCAGGUUCUCAGUCUCCUGCCAUGUCAAGCCCCUCGCACGGUGUGGAUGAAAACAGACAAGCAACAGAUCCUGGCUCCACAGAGCCGUCAGCAGAGGACAGUCCAGGAAAACUCACGGCUAAGGGCCCCGCUCUGAAUGAUGAUCUGAGCGCCAGCAGCAGCAGCUCGGUGGAGAUCAGCGGCCUGCUGAGUGAAGCCAAGAUGUCGGGACGCUCACACACACUGAUGCUCUCCUCAGAUGAGAGUCUGGAUAUGAUAGAUGAUGAGAUCCUGGACGAGGCACAGUUUUCGAAGCAGUAUCAGUGGCAGAACAGCAGCAUCGCAGAGUGGACCCCCCAGCAAGUGGCCCGCUGGCUCAUGGGCCUCAACUUGGAACAACACAUCCCAGAAUUCACUGCCAAAAACAUUGAUGGAGAGCAGCUGCUGCAGCUGGAGAGUCCUGAGCUUAAGGCCCUUGGAGUUACUUCUUCCCAGGACCGUGCCCUGAUCAAGAAAAAGAUCAAAGACCUUAAACUUCUGAUGGAGAAGGCCAAGAGGAACAGAGAGAAAGUGGAGAAACAACGCGAGAAGCUACGGAAGAGAGAGCUGGAGGAGCAGCAGAAAGAGGAGCGCAAAGAAAGUGCGGCAGAGUGAAGUGAAUUGUUGGAUCACCUGCCGCGUUACUGUAGCACCACACCACGUAGCAUCUCGAGGAACAGAACGUCAGUAGGCCCCACAAAUGAACCCUGAGGGACACCUGCUCAGUAGUUCAAUAGUUCUCAGUGGUUAAGCUACAAACCCAACUGUCGGAGAUUGUUAAGUGACUUUUUCACCAAGAGAAUCAAACCAAAAUGAGCAGUUGGAUAAAAAAAGAUCCUGCCCCGUUAAUUUGCCUCAUUUUACACCCAUCCUGUGUUUUUAGCCAUUUAAGAUUUUACUCGGUUCUAUUUAUUUGCUUUUAAUUGCUGUAAAUUAGGUUUAUUUAUUCAUAUGCAGAGUAAGUCUGUGGAGUUAAUCUCAUUCUAUAUCAUCGUCAGAGCCGUCUACAUUACCCAUCACAGCACCCGUAGAUAUUACAUCCAUGUACAGUGAUAAAUACAGAUAUGUCUCAUGUGCCAUUUUGAUAGACUUAUGUAUAUCCUGUUCAGAAUCGGUGAAAUCGCUCUUUUGAUUCGCCGAAGCACAUACAGGUCGGGCCUGUGUGGUGGAAUACAUGAGGCAGUACUUAUCUCCCACCACUGGGUGUCCCCACGCUGCUUACUUUCACUACUGAAGGAGGCAACACUGGAACUUUCCUACAGGAGCUGAAGCAACUUUCAUUGAGAGAAAUAGCUCUCCUGAUAAUUGCAAGAACACUGGAAGUGGAAACACUGUAAAUGUAACCUCUGCACUGGCUUGUCCAAUGCUGCUUACAGUAUACAUGUACCAUAGAAAGCGGUUCACACGGUAUGAUUGAUGAAGAGGACAUAUUGAACUGGUUCUAAUGGAUACUUCAGGUACAAUGUAAUGAUAACAUGUGUAACUUACCAAACCUGUACCAGAAAAACAAAAAAAAUGUUAAAUGGAACUUCCUGCUUAUAUGCAUAAUGUGGCUUUGACACCGCUUGUAACCUGCUUUUGACCUCUUUUUAUAUUCUCUCUCAAUAACAAAGUUAUUCCCCGCCGCUGCCUUUAGAAAUUCUAGAGAAGUUGAAUUUUUCUGAACACUACCCGCUUCUGUGUGAGUAUAGAAACACAUACAGUUAACAUUUCUAACAUUUUUUUUUCAUGAAAAUGUACAGUUAACCAUGCAAAACACUUUGGAAUAUUCUGAAUAUUAUUAGGGAAUGCUGCCAUAUAGACGAGUCAUCUCUGUGAUGCAGGACAGAUGCAGGAUGCACCUAAUACUACUGAUAUUACACUGGAAUUUGCAACUGAUAGAUGCAAUAUACUUUGAACUUACCUGUAAAACUGGUUCAAUAAGACUUUUGACUUACUUGUUAGAUAAAAAAAAGAUAAACCUUUUGAAAUUAUUUUGUAUUUUAUGCAAUUAUUGUUUUAGGAUUACGAGACAUGCUCCCUGUGUUACUUCUUGAGCAUUCCCGAGAAUCAUUCCGUAGAUUUACAGUAAAUACAGAGACAUCAGAGUCACCGUGAUCUUAUCAAAGGCAGCUUUGGUUAUGAUUCCCUCUUUGUCUCAAGGACCCUGCCUGGUGUACUGUAAAUCAGUUAAAACAAGAAGAAGAAUCUGGGUUACAGAUGCAAUGCCACAGUAAAACAGGAAUCACUGAUCUAUUCAUGUUAUUAUUUAUUUAUUUCUGUAUUUAAUGAAGCAACUGACUACUGUUUAUGAUAGCUUAUAUGAAAAUAAGAGUACUAUUAACACCUAAAAAUGAUUUAUCCAGAAUUGUAUGAUUACUUCCUAUUGCCAAAAUAUAAGUAAACCUGCUCAUUCAAAAGUGAUUUUAGAUUAAAAUGGUUGUUAUGAAAUGAAGGAUUAUAAAUUUGAAAGUGCAAAGCGAGAAGAAAACGCAGUAAUGCUCCCUCAUUGUGCUUGUGGUUUUCCUUUAAUACAACCAUAGUGCUGCUCCAGUAUAACUCCAAUAAACUGUUCAUGUUGUAUUCUUAUGGAAUAUUUUCUAACACCUGAACCUUUUCUGUGAAUACCCCCCAAAACCUCCCCUGUCAGGUCAGUCCGCUGGCUGCACUCUUUUGAUUCUUUUGUAUGUAUAGUAAAACACUGAGAGCAAUACGCUGUAAGAAUCCUAAAGCCUUGUUUUCUAUCGUGUCAGUUUUUGUCUGAGGGCUGAGGAGGCUUGGGGGUCACACCUGAGGCCAUAAAGUGACUCCAGAACUUUUCUAUUUGCUUGCCUGAGCUUGCCUACGCAUGAUGAAACCAACGUGUGGAUGAGACCCUGGUGCUCCUGGCAGGCGUUUGAGUCAUGUCCUGAAGGGUUUUUCUUUCAUGUGUACGUAGAGAGCAAAAGAUCAUCACUACAAACUGCUAGCCAUUGCUUUGAUUCUUUUAAAAAGCUGUGCUUGUUCUCCUCCUUUUUUGUCAUUACCUUGCUCUCUUUUCCGCAUUCUGAAAAGUUUGAAAGGGCAGCUAGCUGUCACACUGAAUAAAAUGUGCGGUCACUGUC